GCUCUCUGUUUCCUAUUGAAAGUAAAACAAACGUGUUUUUUUUUUUUUAUAUCCUAAAAAAGGGGGACAAUUAGAGAGAAACUUACUAAUUUAUAAAAACUGAUUUAGGAGAUUUUUGGAGAGAGAGAAGAACCUCAGAGCCUACAUGAUGAAGGAGAUCAUCCGUCUACCUAUGAAGUUUCUUAUUCUCUGUAUCACCGUUUCUAUCUUAUUCCAACAUUGUUCUUGCCUAAAGAUUGGAGAAACUUGUACCGACAGUAAUUGUGAUGAAGGAUUAGUAUGCUCUACUUGUCCUGCUAAUGGCAAUACCCGACCCAGAUGUACUCGCAUUCAACCCACUAUUCCUACCACCAAGGUAAAAGGUUUGCCAUUCAACAAGUAUUCGUGGCUGACGACCCACAACUCCUUUGCAAUUUCCGGGUCAACAUCUGCAACUGGGUCUGAUAUUCUUGCUCCGACCAACCAGGAAGAUUCCAUUACUAAUCAGCUCAAGAAUGGCGUUCGAGGACUUAUGCUUGAUAUGUAUGAUUUCAACAAUGACAUCUGGCUUUGUCACUCAUUUGGUGGGAAGUGUUACAAUGUUACAUCAUUUCAACCUGCAAUCAAUUCACUGAAAGAAAUUCAAGGGUUCCUCGAAAAGAACCCAUCAGAGGUCGUCACAAUCUUCAUUGAAGACUAUGUCUCAACCCCAAAGGCCUUGAGCAAGGUUUUUAAUGAUUCUGGUCUUAAUAAGUACUGGUUUCCAAUUUCUCGUAUGCCCAAAAAAGGAGAAGAUUGGCCUACAGUGGAUGACAUGGUCAAGCAGAAUCAACGUCUUGUAGUCUUCACCUCUAAAUCAUCAAAGGAGGCUUCUGAUGGCAUUGCUUAUGAGUGGAGAUACGUUGUAGAAAACCAAUAUGGAAAUGACGGGAUGAAAGAAGGUUCUUGUCCAAGUCGUUCUGAAUCAUCUGCUUUGAGUACAUCGGGAAUCUCUUUGGUUCUGCAGAAUUAUUUUCCUGAUAAUCCCAACAAAACAGAAUCUUGUUUGGAUAAUUCUGCUCCGCUAAUUACUAUGACAAAGACUUGCUUUGAAGCAGCUGGCAAAAGGUGGCCUAAUUUUAUUGCUGUUGAUUUUUAUCAGCGAAGUGAUGGUGGUGGAGCUCCAGAAGCUGUAGAUCAAGCAAACGGCCAAUUGACUUGUAACUGUAGCAGCAUUGCCUAUUGCAAGGUAAAUGGUACAUCACGCAAAUGCGAGGCACCAGUGUUGUCACCCCCACCACCAGCGCGAGUAGCAUCUACAGGAACACCACAAGAUAGCAACAAUAAAUCUUAUUCAAACAGAAGUAAACCACUUCAUUGGUUGAUUUGCACAAUUUUUGCCGCGAUUCUUCUUAUCCACGUAUAAUUCUGCAUUCUCCAAAGUCUCUACUCAAAUUUUCAGACCAGACACACACUUCAUAACACGGGAGCAGAAUGACACGAUCCUCCUUAUCUUUUAUUUAUUUUUUAUUUAUCUUGUGUUUACUGGUUGAGUUUCUUCACUUAUCGGAGAUUGAUUUGUUUUACAAUUAAAAUGUGUAUAGACACAUAAUGGCACAAUGAAAUGAAACGGAAAAUUGAAUUGUUCAA